CCUCCUAUCAAUUUUCUCUGAAGAAGACUUCCGGUGGUGUGUCAUGGCGGUGGCAUGGUGAAGCCUACAGAAAGGGAAAAAUUCUCGCCCCUUUCGUCCUUUUCCAUCGAUUCAGGACAAUUUUUUAUUCAUAAAUAAGCCUGUCAGCUCCGGCCCUAUACCUUGGAUUUAUCACCAGAACGUCGCGGUGUCCCCCCACCCGGCCAUGGCGGCUCACAAACCAGUGGAGUGGGUCCAGGCCGUGAUUACUAGAUUUGAUGAGCAGCUUCCCAUUAAAGUUGGACACCAGAACACCCACACCAAAGUCAGCACAGAGCACAAUAAGGAAUGUCUAAUCAACAUCUCCAAGUACAAGUUCUCCCUUGUCAUCAGUGGCCUCACCACCAUCCUCAAAAAUGUCAACAACAUGCGGAUAUUUGGAGAUGCUUCUGAGAAGAACCUCUACCUCUCCCAGCUUAUUAUCCUGGACACCCUUAAGAAGUGCCUGGCUGGGCAAUCCAAGGACUGCUUACGUCUGGAUGAGACCAUGCUGGUCAAACAGCUGCUUCCAGAGAUCUGCCAUUUCAUCCAUACCUACCGCGAGGGUCACCAGCACGCCGCUGAGCUGCGGGCCUCAGCUUCAGCCGUCCUCUUCUCCCUGAGCUGCAACAACUUCAAUGCCGUCUUUAGCCGCAUCUCCACCAGGCUACAAGAGCUGACGGUAUGCUCUGAGGACAAUGUGGAUGUUCAUGACAUAGAGCUGAUGCAAUACAUCAAUGUGGACUGCUCCAAGCUGAAGAGGCUGCUACAAGAAACUGUGUUGAAGUUUAGAGCUCUCAAGAAGCCUGCACAGCUAGCAGUCAUCAACAGUUUAGAGAAGGCGUUUUGGAACUGGGUGGAGAAUUACCCAGAUGAGUUCACCAUGCUUUACCAGCGACCACAGGCAGAUAUGGCAGAAGCUGCAGAAAAGUUGUUCGACCUGGUGGACAGCUUUGCAGAGAGUGCUAAGAGGAAGGCAGCUGUGUGGCCUCUGCAAAUCAUCCUCCUCAUCCUCUGUCCAGAGAUCACACACACCAUCUCCAAAGACACCGUGGAAGACAGCAAGGCCAACAAGAAACUGUUUCUGGACAGUUUGCGGAAAGCUUUAGCAGGCCAGGGUGGCAGCAAGCAGCUGAUGGAGAGCGCUGCUAUUGCCUGUGUCAAACUGUGUAAGGCCUCUACAUACAUCAAUUGGGAGGAUCACUCAACCAUUUUCCUCCUGGUCCAGUCCAUCGUCAUGGAUCUCAAGGCUCUGCUCUUCAACCCUGCCAAACCCUUCUGGAGGGGGACAGGCAGCCAGAAUGCUGACGUUGAGCUCAUGAUGGACUGCUUUGUCUCCUGUUUCCGCAUCAAUCCUCACAACAACCAGCACUUUAAGGUCUGUUUGGCUGCAACAUCCCCUUCAACCUUUCAUUUUGUCCUGGUCAACUCUUUGCACAGAAUUAUCACCAAUUCCCAUCUGGACUGGUGGCCUAAAAUCGAUGCCGUGUACUGCUACUCUGGAGAGCUCCGCUUUAUGUUCUCAGACACCCUCAACCGUGUAAUCCAAGGCAUCGGCACCCAUGCUCCACUACGCAUGACACCGAGUCUGACAUUCAAAGGGAAGAUGACCACCAGCCUUAAGUUCAAAGAGAAAACCACAGAACUGGACACUCGAAGUUGGAAGUGUCUCCUUCUUGCUCUGGUCAAACUCAUCCACGCUGACCCUAAACUCAUGUUGCAUAACCCAGUGAAGCAAGCUCCAGACAUGCAGAGCAGUACAGCAGAGCUCAUCACCGGCCUGGUGCAGCUAGUGCCUCUAACUAACACAACCCAGCUUUCACAAGAAGCCAUGGAGGCACUGCUAGUUCUGCACCAGCCUGAGACCAUCGAGUUGUGGAAUCCCGAUGCCCCCAUAGAGACGUUUUGGGACAUCAGUUCACAGGUGCUCUUCCUUAUCUGUCGCAAACUAAUUGGUCAGCAAAUGAUUAAUGGCACAGAAGUUCUCAAAUGGCUGAGGGAGAUCCUCAUCUGCAGGAACAAGUUUCUGCUUAAGAACAAGGAGUGUGCCACUAUGGGUGGUGGUAUCCCCAUCUGUAGGCAAGCGCAGACAAAGCUAGAAGUUUGUCUCUACAUGUUCCUGUGGAGUCAAGACACCGAGGCAGUGCUGGUGGCCAUGUCGUGUUUUCGCCACCUCUGUGAGGAGGCUGAUAUCCGCAGCGCUGCUGACGAGGUGCCAGUCCAGAACAUCCUACCAAACUACGCCACCGCCAGUGAACUGGCCUCUGUCAGCAACAUGAUGGCAACAGGCCGGUCCACCUUGCAGAAGAGGGUGAUGGCCUUGCUAAGGAGGAUAGAGCACCCUACACCAGGAAACAUUGAGGCUUGGGAGGACACAUAUGCUAAAUGGGACCAGGUCACCAAACAGAUUCUCAACUUCCCCAAAAACAAGGCAGAUGAUGGGCAGCAGGAGUGGAUCAACAUGACAGGCUUCCUGUGUGCUCUGGGUGGUGUUUGUCUCCAGCAGCGCAGCACCCCCAGCCUAGCGACCUACAGCCCACCUAUGGGCCCGAUGAGUGAGCGCAAACACUCCAUGAUCUCCAUGGACCCCUGUGGUAUAUCCAACCCUGUGGCCUCAGCAUCCUUCUGCUCCUCAUCGGCCUCCAGCGAGACACCCGUCAGCCGCUUCCUGGACCGGCUUCUGGCCCUGCUGGUGUGUGGUCAUGACAGAGUUGGCCUCCAUGUUCGCACAAACGUGAAAGACCUACUGGGGCUGGAGCUCAGCCCCGCCCUCUACCCAAUGCUCUUCAACAAGCUGAGGAACAGCAUUGGCAAGUUCUUUGACACCCAGGGACCGUUUCUUAUCAAUGACAGUAACACCCAGUUUGUGGAGCAGACCAUAGCCAUCAUGAAGAAUCUGUUAGAUAACCAUACAGAGGGCAGCUCUGAACACUUGGGACAGGCCAGCAUAGAGACCAUGAUGCUCAACCUGGUCAGGUAUGUGCGCAUCCUGGGCAAUGUGGUCCAUGCGAUCCAGAUCAAAACCAAACUGUGCCAGCUGGUGGAGGUGAUGAUGGAAAGACGAGAUGAUCUGUCCUUCUGCCAGGAAAUGAAGUUUAGGAAUAAGAUGGUGGAGUACCUGACUGACUGGGUGAUGGGAACCUCUAACCAAGCUGCUGAUGAUGACAUCAAGUGUCUGACAAGGGACCUGGACCAGGCCAGUAUGGAGGCAGUAGUGUCUCUGUUAGCUGGCCUUCCUCUUCAACCGGAAGAGGGGGACGGCGUAGAAUUGAUGGAGGCCAAAUCUCAGCUCUUCCUUAAGUACUUCACCCUGUUCAUGAACCUGCUAAAUGACUGCAGUGAGGUGGAGGAUGAGGGCCAGGCAGUGGGAGGACGAAAGAGAGGAAUGUCCCGUCGCCUGGCCUCCCUCCGCCACUGCACUGUCCUGGCCAUGUCCAACCUCCUCAACGCUAAUGUAGACAGUGGCCUCAUGCACUCUAUUGGUCUGGGCUACCACAAGGACCUGCAGACUCGAGCCACUUUCAUGGAAGUGCUGACCAAGAUCCUGCAGCAGGGAACAGAGUUUGACACUCUGGCAGAGACGGUUCUGGCUGACCGUUUUGAGAGGCUAGUGGAGUUGGUCACCAUGAUGGGAGACCAAGGAGAGCUGCCCAUCGCCAUGGCACUGGCUAAUGUGGUUCCUGGGUCCCAGUGGGAUGAGCUAGCCCGAGUCCUGGUGACACUGUUUGACUCCCGCCACCUUCUCUACCAGCUGCUGUGGAACAUGUUCUCUAAAGAGGUGGAGCUGGCCGACUCUAUGCAGACUCUCUUCAGGGGAAACAGCCUGGCCAGCAAAAUAAUGACCUUCUGUUUCAAGGUAUAUGGGGCAGCAUACUUGCAGAAGCUCCUGGAGCCUUUAUUAAGAGGGGUCAUCACCACUCCUGAACACAUCAGCUUUGAGGUGGAUCCCACCAGGCUGGAACAAGGUGAGAACCUGGAGGAUAACCAGAGGAACCUCCUGCAGAUCACCGAGCGGUUCUUCCAGGCCAUUGUCGGUUCAUCCAGCGAGUUCCCCCCACAGCUCCGAAGUGUCUGCCACUGUCUUUACCAGGCUACUUGCCACUCGCUACUGAAUAAAGCAACAGUAAAAGAAAAAAAGGAAAACAAAAAAGCAGUCGUGAGUCAGCGUUUCCCACAGAACAGCAUUGGUGCAGUAGGCAGCGCCAUGUUUCUGCGCUUUGUCAACCCAGCAAUUGUGUCUCCCUAUGAGGCUGGCAUCCUGGACAAGAAGCCCCUACCCAGGAUAGAACGGGGUCUCAAACUCAUGUCCAAGAUUCUGCAGAGCAUUGCAAACCAUGUCUUGUUUACAAAAGAAGAACACAUGAGGCCAUUUAAUGACUUUGUUAAGAGCAACUUUGAUUCAGCCAGAAGGUUUUUCUUGGACAUAGCAUCUGACUCUCCACCCAGCGACUCAGUCAACCACAGUCUGUCUUUUAUCAGUGAUGGUAAUGUGCUGGCCCUCCACCGCCUGCUGUGGAACAACCAGGAGAGGAUUGGACAGUACCUCUCCAGUAACAGGGACCACAAGGCUGUAGGCCGGCGACCUUUUGACAAGAUGUCCACCCUACUGGCCUACCUAGGACCUCCUGAACACAAACCUGUGGCUGACACUCACUGGUCCAGUCUAAACCUGACCAGCUCCAAAUUUGAGGAGUUCAUGACCAGGCACCAGGUCCAUGAGAAGGAGGAGUUCAAAGCCUUAAAGACCCUCAACAUCUUCUACCAGGCAGGAACCUCCAAGACCGGCAACCCAGUGUUCUACUACGUGGCCCGCAGGUUCAAAACAGGCCAGAUUAAUGGUGACCUGCUCAUCUACCAUGUCCUCCUCACUCUCAAACCAUACUACGCUAAGCCCUACGAGAUAGUAGUAGACUUAACACAUGUAGGACCUAGCAACCGCUUCAAGACUGACUUCCUGUCCAAGUGGUUUGUGGUCUUUCCUGGCUUUGCCUACGAGAACGUAGCAGCUGUCUAUGUUUACAACUGCAACAGCUGGGUGAGGGAGUACACCAAGUACCAUGAACGGCUACUGACAGGCCUGAAGGGCAGCAAGCGACUCCAGUUCAUUGACUCUCCAACUAAGCUGGCCGAGCACAUCGAACCCGAGCAACAGAAACUACCUGCAGCCACGCUGACCCUGGAGGAAGACCUUAAAGUGUUCCAUAAUGCCCUCAAGCUGGCCCAUAAAGACACCAAGGUCUCUAUAAAGGUGGGCUCGACAGCAGUUCAGGUGACUUCAGCCGAGCGGACCCGUGUCCUUGGCCAGCCUGUCUUCCUCAACGACGUCUACUACGCCUCAGAGAUCGAGGAGAUUUGCCUGGUGGAUGAGAGCCAGUUCACCCUCACCAUGGCCAACCAGGGCACACCACUGACAUUCAUGCACCAGGAGUGUGACGCCAUCGUCCAGUCCAUUAUCCAUAUAAGGACCCGCUGGGAGCUGUCGCAGCCUGACUCCAUCCCACAGCACACCAAGAUUCGACCAAAAGAUGUACCUGGCACUCUGCUCAACAUCGCCCUGCUGAACCUGGGCAGUUCUGACCCCAGCCUCAGGUCUGCGGCUUACAACCUUUUGUGUGCUUUGACUUGCACCUUCAACCUGAAGAUAGAGGGCCAGCUGCUGGAGACGUCAGGCCUCUGCAUCCCAGCAAACAACACCCUCUUCAUAGUCUCCAUUAGCAAGACUCUUGCUGCCAAUGAGCCACAUCUCACACUGGAGUUUCUGGAGGAGUGCAUCUCAGGCUUCAGCAAAUCCAGUAUCGAGCUGAAGCAUCUCUGUCUGGAGUACAUGACACCCUGGUUGCUCAACCUAGUUCGCUUCUGUAAGCACAACGAUGACGCCAAACGCCAGCGUGUCACUGCCAUUUUGGACAAACUCAUUACCAUGACGAUCAAUGAAAAGCAGAUGUAUCCCUCUAUCCAGGCUAAGAUCUGGGGCAGCCUGGGCCAGAUAACAGACCUGCUGGAUGUUGUGUUGGACAGCUUUAUUAAGACCAGUGCCACGGGAGGCCUGGGCUCCAUCAAAGCCGAAGUCAUGGCUGAUACUGCAGUGGCUCUGGCUUCAGGGAAUGUCAAACUGGUCUCCAGCAAGGUUAUCGGUCGGAUGUGUAAGAUCAUAGACAAGACGUGCCUGUCGCCAACGCCCACACUGGAGCAGCACUUGAUGUGGGACGACAUUGCCAUUUUGGCACGCUACAUGCUCAUGUUGUCCUUCAACAAUUCCCUGGAUGUUGCAGCACACCUGCCAUACCUGUUCCACGUGGUGACUCUACUGGUAGCUACCGGGCCGCUGUCCCUUAGGGCCUCCACCCACGGUUUGGUUAUCAACAUCAUCCACUCCCUCUGCACCUGCUCGCAACUCAACUUCAGUGAGGAAACAAAGCAGGUACUGAGGCUAAGCCUGACUGAGUUCUCCCUGCCCAAGUUCUACCUGCUGUUUGGCAUCAGCAAAGUCAAGUCAGCUGCGGUCAUCGCCUUCCGUUCCAGCUACAGAGACCGCUCCUUCUCACCAGGCUCCUACGAGAGGGAGACAUUUGCCCUGUCCUCCUUGGAGACUGUCACUGAGGCCUUACUGGAGAUCAUGGAGGCUUGUAUGAGGGACAUCCCAGCCUGCAAGUGGUUAGACCAGUGGACAGAGCUCGCACAGAAGUUUGCAUUCCAGUACAACCCAUCUCUCCAGCCGAGAGCUCUGGUGGUGUUCGGCUGCAUCAGUAAGAGGGUGAGCCACAGCCAGAUUAAACAGAUCAUCCGAAUCCUCAGCAAGGCCAGCCCUCUGCUCAGCAUAGACCGGGGACUGGAGAGCUGUCUGAAAGGACCGGACAAUUACAACAGUCAAGUAUUAAUAGAGGCCACAGUCAUUGCUCUGACCAAGCUGCAACCUCUACUCAGCAAGGAUUCUCCCAUGCACAAAGCUCUGUUCUGGGUGGCAGUAGCUGUGCUGCAGCUUGAUGAAGUCAACCUGUACUCUGCUGGAACAGCCCUGCUGGAGCAAAACCUCCACACUCUAGACACAAUGCGCGUCUUCUACGACAAGAGUCCCGAAGAAGUGUUCAUGGAGAUCAGGCGUCCUUUAGAAUGGCACUGCAAGCAGAUGGAUCACUUUGUUGGCCUCAACUUUAGUGCUAACUUCAACUUUGCAUUGGUGGGCCACCUACUCAAAGGCUACAGACACCCAUCACCCACCACAGUAGCAAGGACAGUAAGAAUCCUGCACACACUGUUGGCCCUUAUCAGCAAGCAUCUGAAAUGUGACAAGUUUGAGGUCAACACCCAGAGUGUGGCGUAUCUGGCUGCCCUGCUCACUGUAUCUGAGGAGGUCCGAAGUCGCUGCAGCCUCAAACACAGGAAGUCACUCCUGAUUUCUGACCUCUCCAUGGACCCAGUACCCAUGGACACAUAUUCAAGUCACAUCACUGAUCCCAGUUGCAGAACUUUGCGAGAGACUCAGCCAUGGGCGUCACCUCAGGUUUCAGAUCGCUACCUUUCAGCCCAUCACUACCCCACAGUGGGCCAGAUCAGCCCACGAACUCGCAAGUCCAUGAGCCUUGACAUGGGUCAGCCCUCACUGGCCAACACCAAGAAGCUCUUGGGCACCAGGAAGAGCUUUGAUCAUCUUAUAUCGGACUCUAAAGCACCGAAGAGACCAGAGAUUGAGUCUGGUAUAACCACCCCUCCCAAGAUGAGGCGUGUAGCAGAGAAUGACUAUGAGAUAGAGACACAAAGAAUUGGUAACUCUCACCUUCGCAAGGUGUCUGUAUCAGAGUCAAAUGUUUUGCUAGAUGAGGAGGUGCUGACCGACCCAAAGAUCCAAGCUCUGCUACUCACUGUGCUGGCCACCCAGGUCAAAUACACCACUGAUGACUUUGACCAGCGAAUUCUGUACGAGUACUUAGCUGAAGCUAGCGUUGUCUUCCCAAAAGUUUUUCCAGUUGUCCACAACCUGCUAGACUCCAAGAUCAACACUGUAUUGUCCAUGUGCCAGGACACCAACCUCUUGAAUCCUGUCCAUGGCAUCGUCCAGAGUGUGGUGUACCAUGAGGAGUCACCCCCCCAGUACCAGCCCUCCUACUUACAAAGCUUUGGCUUUAAUGGACUUUGGAGGUUUGCCGGGCCAUUCUCUAAGCAAACACAGAUACCGGACUAUGCCGAGCUGAUCGUCAAGUUUCUGGAGGCUUUGGUUGAUAGCUACCUGCCAGCAGCUGAUGAGGAGCGAGGGGAAGAGCAGCUGAGGACGCCCACCUCCCCCUACCCCCCAAUCAGCCAGAGCCAGCUCAGCAUCACUGCCAACCUUAACCUGUCCAACUCCAUGACCUCACUUGCCACCUCGCAACACUCACCAGGUGUUGAUAAGGAAAAUGUCCAGCUGUCCCCCAGCUCUGCUUUGUCCAGUGGGUGUCGCACUCGCCACGGUUCAGCCAGUCAGGUCCAGAAGCAGCGCAGUGCUGGCAGCUUCAAGAGACCCAGUAUCAAGAAGAUCGUCUGAUCAGCCAGAGAACAGCCCCAUCCUCCUCUCUGCUCCUCCGCCAGCCUCCAUGCUGCACUCCACUUUUACUCUUUUUAUUUCCUCCUUCCUUUUCAUGGUUGUUGCUCUAGCAGAAAAACUUGUGGUUUUCUGUUUUGCAUUGAGAAGAAUAUUAACAACGCCAAACUUGAAAUUUGUGCUGCUUGAGAUUUUUUUUCUAAUCUUUCAUUUGAGACAGCGCAUGGUAGAGGAGAAACUUCUGUUAAAUUAUUUCAUUUCUCCUCUGGAAUCAAUGUUUAAGCUCUUCUUCACAGAUAUUCAGCAGCAGUUGAGUGUACUGCAGCGACUGAGGUUACACAACUAUUUAGGGGGAUCCCUCUGAGCCUGAUGGGAAUACAGUAAGCUAAUGUGGACAUGGGCUGUGACAUUUACCAGAUUCUUUACACAGGGAGGAACCAGUAACUGAAAUGAUGUCUUUACGCUGAAGUUUGAUCCGUAUUAUGUCCCUUGGCCUUCCUUAUGAAUAAACACCUCUGUGUCAGUGAGAUGGACCAAAUGACAGCAGCGGGGGGGCGGCGGAUCCUUCACUCUGGACCUGCUCGGACGUCUCGGCUCACCCCCCCCAGUUCUGUACAUAUUUUACAUAGACGGAUGUACAUAUUUUACAAAGACAGAUUAUGUAAAACUAGACCUUAGUGCUACUUUAGAUGUUGAUGUUUUCUCCAUGGUGUGCCUUUGUCAGGGUUUUUCAAUCUGUACAAUUUGUAAAGUAAAAGUCAAACCUUGCUAGGGACAAAGAACAGGUACUAAUUAUGGAGGUGAGCUGUCUAUAUUACCAUCAGUUCAUACGAGCUGCAUCAUGACGGGCCUCUAAUGAUCGUCAAAUAUACAAUCAUCCAUAUACCCUGUUGCCUGAAAGUAUUUAUCCUGUACAGCUAGAUAGUGCUACACAAAUCUUCUUUUCAAACUCUUAAAAAAUCUUCUUCUUUUCAAACACUUUUGAUUGUACAAAACACUAGGGAAAAUGUAACCUUGUUAAAAGCUCCAAGCUUUUUGUUUUGUUCUAUUUGCAUUUUGCUUUAAUUUAGUUGUUUGAUUUCAGUUAUUUUUAGAAUGAACUGUAUUUCCAGCAGCAUAGCAUUUUAUUUUGUUUACACAGUGACAGGGAAAAUUGUGUAAUAGGCAAUAAUCCUCGACUCUCAAACUUCUUUGUCCACCACCUAUUUUAUUUGUACAUAAAACCGGGAAAAACAUCACUAUGUCAGCUCAGUGCAAUAUGAUGCCAACUCCUGAGUUGCCUGUUAACAUAGAGAUGUAGCUAUUAUUGAUUACCUCCAAUGACCAUUUGAAUAGAUAGAGGCAGUGGACAAUGACAUUGAUCCCUUCAUAUACAUGCAUCUAUGUGUGUAUAUGAACUACACACCAUUUGUUUCACCUUAACAGUUUGAGCUGUUUAACCCACAACCAUCAGAGGUUUUUUCCUGUGGACUCUUUAAAG